AUGGAGAAAGCUGACGAGGAGAAAUCGGACGGUCUGGAGAUUAUCUCAGUAGGAACGCUAUACAGUGGCCCCUGGGACAAGAAGUACUGGAGCUCGUCUAGGGGUAAAGAUCGCUAUCCUUAUCCAGUUGGAUACCAAGCUUUGCGGACAUACAGUGGGACAACAUAUAAAAUGGGAAUCCUUGAAGGUCUUAAAGGCCCUUUAUUUACGAUUAGUUCUACUGAUGGGCACUCGUGUUCUGGGCAGACUCCAGAUAUUGCAUGGGAAAGCUUUCAAAAGAAAGGCUGUCCUCGCAUGAAGUUGUGGCAUGGGAAGAGAUUCUCGUGCAAGAUAGAUGGUGUGGAGUUUUUCGGAUUCAAGAACCCGUUUGUGCGGAGGUUACUUCGGGAUUUGGUGGCUAAUGUCAGCAGAACUUCUGAAAAGAGUUCACUUUCUCCUGGCAUUUGCAGUGGAGCUUCUACUCCCAAGCCUUGUCCUCCAUGCACAGAAUCAUAUCAAUACCCUGAUCUGCUCCCAUAUUUGGAAAAACCACACUUUACAGGGAAGAGGAGUAGAAAAAGCAUUAAUGUGCAAUCAUGUAGCCUGACACCCCUUAAAAGACUUCGACCUCCAGGUCAGAUGCAUAAGGCUGAUGCUACAAAUAUUGGACAAGGGAUUCAAAAUGAUCGGAAUUCCUCAACUUUCUCUACUACAAAGAAAGAGCAUGGGGAUUGUGAUGGUCCAGGAGUUUUGCCAGGAUCAAUAAACUUGGAAACUGUAGUUGAUGAAGUAAAUAGUUCAUUUGUGGCAGAAGAAGGAACACACUUGGAUUCAUUUGGUUCUCGUGAUGAUCCCGAAGUGGCAAUUCUCCUUCCCCAAGAAGACAGCAAACUUAUUAGUUCUACAACUGCAGAAGAAGCUAAAAACUUGUCCAAAGACGAAAAACUUGUAAGAGUCACUCUUGAUAGGUCCAAAGUUAAUGAGAUGCAGGGUUACAGUUCCUUGAAGCUCAUAGAAGAGAAAGUUGAAGAAAAAACAGUGCCGAUUGAUUCACAAAAAAUCAACAAUGUGGAUAUUCGUGCACCUGAUACUUUGGAUCACCAAGUAGAUGAUGCUUCUGAGAUUGAGUCUUCACUGAAUAUCACAGAGGCAAGUCCUCACAAUGGGAAAGAUGAGUUAAUUGCCUCGUAUAUGGUUGUUUCUGAGGUUCUGGAUUCCGAGUCACAUCCAGAAGAAAUCGGCACAUCUAGUUCAAAUGCAGGUUCUGAAAAGAGUGAUUUUGAUUCAGUUGGUCAAGAAAUUACCAAGUCGAUGAUGACAGUUCUGCUUCCUCGAGCACUUCCUCUGCUAAAGAAAUUCUCAAGAAAGAAGAAAAUUACCACCAACCAUUCAGAUAGUUCUAUCCAUAGGGUGAGAUCUCCGGAGGAAAAUAAUGGAACUGACAUCUGUCUUAUUACAUCUCCUGCUGGAACACUUACUGAGGAUUCUAAUGAGGAAAGGAAGAAGGAAAAGAUGCUGGUUCAAAGUACAGAACUUGUUUCAGUCAGCACAAGUUGUGGACAUAUAACGGCUGUUGUUCCUGAUAGUUUGGAGAAUGAUCAAUGCAGUUAUCCAAUGAGUAUUCAGCUACCACUGCCUGAUGUUUCUGAAGCUGAUCGAACUACAAUUGCUCAAGGCACAUGCUCAUCAGAAAAUGUGAGAGUUCCGGUCACCGUUGAUGCACAGGAGUCAUCAGUUUCUCAUGCUGAGACAUGUGAUUCCAAAUUAAGUGCCUCUCAUGAGGUACACAUGGCUUCAAAUGAACGACCUCAAAAUGCCGUAGUUGCUGAAGGUAAUGGCGCUAACUUACUGGUCAUGGAGAGUUCUGUUCAAAUACCACAGAAGGAAGUUACUGUCUUGGCAGAGGGAACUAGCAAUGGCAAUACAGUCUCUACUAAACUUCCAAGUGUUGCUGCUUCAUCAAGCAAAUCCAAUGCUCCUCUUUCAGAAAGUAUAAUUUGCAGAAAUCCUGAAACUCUUUGUGCCAGGGAAACAUGUGUUUACUCAAGAACGGUCCUUGCUUCAGAUAAUUGUGUAGUCAGCUUAUCUGGUCACUGCCCAAUUGAAAAAGUCCCAUCAGGUGGCAAUGCCAUGGUUCACAAACAACUCCACAGCUCUAACACCGCUAAAAGUUGCAUGAAUCCUGAAGGUGCAACUAGUAAUAUGGCUCCUAUUACAUCUCAUAUUCAGGAGUUCAUUUGGGCUUCAAACAGCAAUGUCUCUUCAGGCGCCCCCUAUCCAUCUAUAUCAUGCAUUGAAAAAUCUCAAGCCUAUGUUGGCAAAGGGCCGCUCAAGCAUCAACAUGUUGUUAGUUAUGGUAGUCCUAUAUCCCAGUUGCAAAAUCAGGGGAGAAGUUUCUUUAGCAAUAUGACUGGAAACAAGGAACUUAAAGAUGGUCCAGAGUCUUCAGACUUUAAUAUGCAACCGAACACAGAAAAUAAAAUUGACCUAGAGGGAAUUGUUCAGCUUCUGGGUUGCUAUGUCCACUCCAUGCCAAUUUUAUUUGUGGUGUUGUGCAAAAAAGCGAAUGAAAUUUACAUUUGUGUUUUGUGUGGCCUUUUGGUGGACAAGGAAAGAACCCUGUUUAUUUACAAUGCACCAACCGAAGGAAAAAGUUUAGGAUGUCCUUCCCUUAUUGGUCAUGCAUCAUUGAUGUCACCGGCUUCAAGAGAUGACUUUGACAGAGAAAUUCCAUUGGAUGAAUCUUGUUUGCAGUUCACUCCAGAUGGACAGUACCUUGUGUUACUGAGCAGUAUAAAAGCUCCUUCCUGCAGGGAAGGGAAACUUCAUUGUGUAUGCUCUGCAUGUACAUCAGAUUGCUUUGAGAAGAAUGCAGUAAAAAUUGUCCAAGUAAAACUUGGUUAUGUUUUGGUUAUUGCCAAAUUGAAAACAGCUGAUGUUGUUCGUUGUAUAUUAGUUUGUGAACCUAGUUGUCUUCUUGCUGCUGAAGAGAGUGGGAGACUGCACCUAUGGAUCAUGAACUCAACAUGGAGUGCAGUGACUGAAGAAUGCUAUUUACCAACUUCUGAUUGCAUGCCUCCGAUUAUAGUGGAGUUGAAGAGAAUUCCAAAGUGUGCUGCUCUGGCUGUUGGUCAUAAUGGGUUUGGGGAAUUUAAUAUAUGGGACAUCUGCAAACGCAUCCUUGUGUCAAGGUUUUCUGCGUCAAGCACUUCUUUUCGGCAGAUUCUUCCCGUUAGUUUGUUUAGAUGGCCAAGGAAAGGCCUUCUUCCUCCUGGCCCUGUCAGCGAGGAGGACAUCAAUGAGAUCAUGGAGAAAACAGAGAUGUGGUUCUCCGAGGGAGGCAAGUAUCAUGUCUCCCUUCCAAUUCAGGGGGAAGAUGUGGCCAUCUGGCUUCUUGUAUUGACUGCUUUGGAUCCUGAUGUUCAACAUGGCUCUAAGUUAAGUGGUUGUCAAAUCAACCCAGGUGGAUGGUGGAGGCUAGCCCUAUUGGUGAAAAACAAUGUGAUCCUGGGGAGUGCUUUAGAUCCAAGGGCUACUGCAAUUGGAGCAUCAGCUGGUGAUGGAAUCAUUGGUACCUGUGAUGGACUUGUGUACAUGUGGGAAUUGUCUACAGGAACUAUGCUUGGCAAUUUGCAUGAUUUCCGAGGUAUCAGAGUGUCAUGUAUUGCUACUGAUGAUUCAAGCUCAGGUGCUUUUGCUGUAGCUGGGGAUGGAGGUCGGUUGUUGGUUUAUUCACGGCCCCAAAGGGCCACUGCAAAUAAGCGAAUGAAUUGCUAG